CUCGAUGACGUUCCGCUCUCACAUGGACAGUGGCGUAUUCCUGCUGCGUUUUGACAACGGAGCAUCGGCCGCAGCCAGGAGUCUUCACUGUCCGCAGCAAUACGGUACAUCGAUGCGGGGAGUUUCACUUACUUGUGCGUGCCUUGGUUUAUGAGCGCUUUCUGCAGAGUGCAUCGCGGAGCGUCUGCACCGCGUGUCCCUAAUGGAAGCGCAAGCAAAGUCAAAAUGACUUUCGUCUAUACCUUUUUUCCAUCGGGGGCGUCUCAACGGAAUUGGCAUGGGUAAUGCAUGCUGCGAUCAACCAGUUGGGGUUCGGACUGCGCAACCAACACAUCCGUCGUGACAGUCCUCCCAAUUGAUCCCGUAUAAAAUCAAAAUACUCCAUAUUUGCUCAAGCUCUUCCACCCUCUCAUGGCCGGCUUCACUACAAAGCGUCUCCUCCUGUGCCCAUACACAGAGGCUGAUUUGGACGAUCUCACGAGUCUCUGCGGUAACCCCCUCGUUUGGCCUCUCGUCCUCCACGACGAGGUUUCACCUCGAAGUCCGAAAUUCCGGGAGAGGCUUCGUCUGAGCAUGGAACGUGCAGCCUUCGCUGCCAUCAUCAGACUUAAAAGUACUGGCGAGUUUAUGGGACAGGCAAUGGUUACUGUCACAGAUACCAAGCACUUCCUUGAGGGCAGCUUCGCCAUAUGUCUCCUGCCGAAAUUCUGGAAUAACGGCUAUGGGACGGAGGCAACACAUUAUAUGGUCGACUAUUCGUUUAGAUGGUUCGACCUUCAAAGAAUUUCGUUAACGGUACUGUCAAGUAAUCUAAGGGCCAUAGCAGUCUACCAAAAGAUGUGAGUGAAUGUAUACGACUCAAGUUUAUGCGCUUCACGCCUCAUUCGCGCCGCAAUAGAGGUUUCAGGAUAGAGGGGAGAAAACGGCGGUUUUGGUGGAUGAGCGGGCGUUGGGAUGAUAUCUUCUUGAUGGGUAUACUAUACGAAGAGUGGGCUGCUAGAGAAUUGCAGUGGACGUUUGGUGCUGACGCUAUCCAUCAUCACGUCCAUCCUUGCUCAUUGUGCUCGCCCGU